AUGAGAUGCAAGCUUGGUGCAUCUGAUUCUGGUGUUAUCACCUACGCGAUGUUCGAGGAGAAGAUCGACUCGCCUGCUGUACGGGAGUACUUCGAAACUCUUGGACUGGAUGUUUGGGACGCCUGGUCAUUCUUCAAACUGCUCGAUCUCGACGGAGGUGGCUCUGUCGAGAUUGAAGAGUUCUUUAAAGGGUGUCUUCGAUUGCGGGGACAGGCGCGGGCGGUGGACAUUGGCAAGAUCAUGCAUGACCAGACCUGGAUGAUCAAAAGCCAGGGUCGCUUCCACACCUACAUGGAGACAGAGCUACACUUCCUGAAGCAGGAGAUUGCGGCCCUGAGACUAGGCUCCUCCCUGACUGAGCAAUCGCCGAGAACACUCCUGGGCGGCCGGUCGCCCCAACACAAGAAGAUGAGGAGCAAGCACAAUUUGAGCGAGCUACAAGAGUAG